AUGUCAGCUAAGCGAUGGAUAAUAGCAGGGUUUUGUAGUUCAGCUAUUAUUGGAAUAGGAUAUGCACUUAUGACUUAUACAACACCAAAUGAAAAAGAAUUUUAUAAUAGUCUUUCACCAGCACUAAAAUUAAUAUAUGAUAAAAAUAUUGAAAAAAAAUAUUCAGAUGAAAUGAUUGAAUAUAUAAAGAAGAAUAGAUAUUCAGGAAAGUCUGUUUGA